UCCGUGGCGAUUGCCCGAGCCGCCUCGAGGGGGCCCUGCGGCGGACGCGGGCCGCCAGCCAGGAGGACGGGCCCGCCCGCGAGCAGCUCGGAGCCCAGCCUCGCUUCGGCCAUCGCCCCGCCGGACCGCGCUGCGGGUUCGCCCAGCCGGAAGAAUUGACCACGUGUCCUCACAGUUUUAAGAAAAAGGAUUUUAAAAAGCCCAGAGUCUGUGGAGUGUGCAGACAGACCAUUGACGGUCAAGGGAUUGCUUGCCGAGUCUGCAAGUAUUCCUGCCACAAGAAAUGUGAAGCCCAGGUGGCGAUUCCCUGCUCUGUGCACGUCCCUCCGGGCCAGGCUCCUGAUAGUUCCACCCCACCUGCUGCUCUCCGCUGUGACAAGCCUUCAAGGCCCCUGGUCCUGAGUCCAGCCAUGGAGGACAGCCAUGAACUGGACCUUACAUAUGUCACGGAGAGGAUCAUCGCAGUGUCCUUCCCUGCCAGUUGCUCAGAGGAGUCCUAUUUGCACAGCCUUCAGGAAGUCACACGCAUGCUCAAGUCUAAGCAUGGAGACAACUACCUGGUAUUAAACCUUUCAGAGAGGAGAUACGACCUUACAAAGCUUAAUCCAAAGAUCAUGGAUGUGGGCUGGCCUGAGCUGCAUGCACCACCUCUUGACAGGAUGUGUACCAUAUGUAAAGCCCAGGAGUCCUGGCUGAACAGUGACCCCCAGCAUGUGGUCGUCAUCCACUGCAGGGGUGGUAAAGGACGCAUCGGACUGGUCAUAUCGUCCUACAUGCACUUCACCAAUGUCUCAGCCAGUGCUGACCAGGCCCUGGACAGGUUUGCAAUGAAGAAGUUUUAUGAUGACAAGGUCUCAGCUUUAAUGGAGCCCUCCCAGAAGAGGUAUGUGCAGUUUCUCAGCGGGCUGCUGUCUGGGGCGAUGAAGAUGAACGCUUCACCCUUGUUCCUGCACUUCGUCAUCCUGCAUGGUGUCCCCAGCUUUGACACUGGAGGAGCAUGCCGGCCUUUUCUGAAGCUCUACCAAGCCAUGCAGCCUGUGUACACGUCUGGGAUCUACAACAUUGGCCCUGAAAAUCCCAGCAGGAUCCGCAUUGCCAUAGAGCCAGCCCAGCUGCUGAAGGGCGACAUCAUGGUCAAGUGCUAUCACAAGAAGUUCCGCUCGGCCACCCGUGACGUCAUUUUCCGCCUGCAGUUCCACACCGGAGCUGUGCAGGGCUACGGACUGCUGUUUGGGAAAGAGGAGCUGGACAGUGCCUGCAAAGAUGACCGUUUUCCUGACUACGGCAAGAUUGAAUUGGUCUUCUCGGCCACACCUGAGAAGAUUCAAGGAUCGGAGCAUCUGUACAGUGACCAGGGAGUGAUGGUGGACUAUAACACAGCGGACCCACUGAUUCGGUGGGACUCCUACGAGAACAUGAGUGCCGAUGGAGAAGUGCUACACACACAGGGCCCAGUGGAUGGAAGCCUGUAUGCCAAGGUGAGGAAAAAGAGUGCCUCGGAUUCUGGCAUCCCUGGCAGCCCUCAGGGCAUGCCAGCCACCAGCAGUCCAGACCACGGUGACCACACCCUGUCAGUCAGCAGCGACUCGGGUCACUCUACCGCCUCCGCCAGGACUGAUAAGACAGAAGAGCGCCCAACCCCAGGAGCACAGAGGGGCCUGAGCCCUCAGGAGAAGGCUGAGCUGGACCAGCUACUCAGUGGAUUUGGCCUGGAAGAGACUUCGAGCUCCCACAAAGACAUGACUGAUGUGCGCAGCAAGUAUAGUGGGACGCGCCACGUGGUGCCGGCCCAGGUCCAUGUGAAUGGAGACGCUGCCCUAAAGGACCGAGAGACUGACAUUCUAGAUGAUGAGAUGCCCCACCAUGAUCUGCACAGUGUGGACAGUCUGGGUACCCUCUCCUCCUCUGAAGGGCCACAGUCAGCACACCUGGGCCCCUUCGCCUGCCUCAAGAGCAGCCAGAACUCCCUCCUGUCCGAUGGCUUUGGCAAUGGUGUUGGUGAAGAUCACCAUGGCGCCCUUUCUCCAGACCUAGGCCUCGGUGUGGACUCCCUUUAUGACCGGGAGCGGAUGUGUGGGGCCCGAGAGCCAAAACCGCUGCAGCCCCUGCUGAGGAAGCCCUCUGCACCCACCCCUCCACAGGCCUAUGGGCAAAGCAACUAUUCUACCCAGACCUGGGUGCGUCAGCAGCAGAUGGUGGCUGCUCACCAGUACAGCUUUGCCCCGGAUGGGGAGGCCAGGCUGGGCGGCCACAGUACAAUGGACAGUGCCAGCCUUGCCCAGCCCCAACCCCACAUCCCAGUCACUCCCACUCGUGCAGCCAGCAGCAGAGUGGCCAUUCAAAGAGGCCCACUCAGCAAUGGGCCAAAUGCCCAUGACACACAGCCACUCUGUCCGGGUAAAGCACUCCAGCCCAGAUUUGCAGAGGACAAAGCCAUGAAUGGAGUCCAUCAGGAUCUGAACACGGGUCAUUCCCCAGGCUCUCCCACUCUGGAUAUUGACCAGUCCAUUGAGCAACUUAACAGGCUGAUCCUGGAGCUGGACCCCACCUUUGAGCCCAUCCCCACACACAUGAAUGCCCUGGGCGUCUCAGCCAAUGGCUCUGUGUGUCCUGAUGGCGUGGGAAGUGGGCUCCGGUGUGGCGGCAGGCUGGACCCUGUGGAAGUCCCUGGCCGGAGCCCUGGCCGACAAGGUGAUGAGUCCAUCGGGGGACGGCUCCGGAAGCUGAGCCUCGGGCAGUAUGACAAUGAUGCCGGGAGCCAGGUGUCCUUCUCUAAGUGUGGCUGGGGAAAGGCCAGUGUGGACCCGGCCCCAAGUCUGGGACCCUUUUCCUCUCCUGCAGACAUCAAAGAGACGAUGAUCACUGCAUAUCCCCCUGACCUCGAUAUGAUCGAUGGCAGGAUUUCAAACAGCAAGGAGUCUAUGUGUCUGACGCCAGCAUUCCCUGUGUCACCAGAAACUCCGUAUGUGAAAACAUCCCCACGCUACCCUCCGUUCAGCCCACCCGAGCCCCAGCUGAGCAGCCCAGCCAGUUUGCGCAAAGGAGGACGUGAACCACGAGGCUGCCCAGAGAUUAUCAGCCACACUGUGGGGAUGUCAGAGAGCCCCAUUGGACCCAAACCCACCAUGCUUCGGGCUGAUAUGCCUGCAACACCCAACUUUCAGCAGAUGUUUGCAUCCUCCUGCACAGUUUCAAGCAAUGGACCUGGCCAGAGGAGAGAGAGCCCGCCUUCUGCAGAACGCCAGUGGGUGGAGAGCAGCCCCAAGUCCACCCUAACCCUACUGGGGAGCACCCACCCUUCUGAAGGUUCUCUCGGCACCCGCGAGUUCUGCAGCUCUGGCAAGGACUCGCCAGGGCUGCCCUGCUUCCAGUCCUCGGAGCUCCAGGCCUCCUUCCACAGCCACGAGCUGUCCAUGUCAGAGCCUCAGGAUGCUCUGCCCCCUGCGGGCAGUCAAGCCUUCUUAGGCUUCAACACUGCUCAGGGAGCAAGUGGCCUUCCACCUGGCGAGGACCCGAGUGCCCUGCUGGUCAAUUCCCACGGCACAUCACCGGCUCCUGGAGCCCCUCUGACAACAGCAGGGGCUGCUGACAGUGGCUUCCUGUCCCACAACUUUCUCACGGUGUCACCUGGACUCAGCAGCCACCACAGUCCAGGCCUGCAGAACCAGGGGGUAAGCCUGCCCGGGCAGCCACCCCUCCCUGAGAAGAAGAGAGCCUCAGAGGGUGAUCGUUCUUUGGGCUCAGUCUCCCCUUCCUCCAGUGGCUUCUCCAGCCCCCAUAGCGGGAGCACCAUGAGCAUCCCCUUCCCGAACGUCCUUCCAGACUUCUGCAAGCCUUCAGAAGUGGCCUCACCUUUGCCAGACAGCCCGAAUGAUAAGCUCGUGAUCGUGAAAUUUGUUCAAGACACUUCCAAGUUCUGGUACAAGGCAGAUAUCUCCAGAGAACAAGCCAUUGCCAUGUUGAAGGACAAAGCUCCCGGGUCAUUCAUCGUGAGGGACAGUCACUCCUUCCGAGGGGCCUACGGCCUGGCCAUGAAGGUGGCCACACCCCCUCCGUCUGUCUUGCACCUGAACAAGAAAGCUGGAGAUUUGUCUAAUGAACUUGUCCGGCAUUUCUUGAUUGAGUGUACCCCAAAGGGAGUGCGGUUGAAAGGGUGCUCGAAUGAACCGUAUUUUGGGAGCCUGACAGCUCUGGUGUGCCAGCAUUCCAUCACGCCCUUGGCUUUACCCUGCAAGCUGCUCAUUCCAGAGAGAGAUCCACUGGAGGAGAUAGCAGAAAACUCUCCCCAGACAGCGGCCAACUCGGCAGCCGAGCUGCUGAAGCAGGGGGCAGCCUGCAACGUGUGGUACUUGAACUCUGUGGAAAUGGAGUCCCUCACGGGUCACCAGGCAGUCCAGAAAGCCCUGAGUAUGACCCUGGUUCAAGAGCCGCCUCCAGUGUCCACAGUGGUACACUUCAAGGUGUCAGCCCAGGGCAUCACCCUGACUGACAACCAGAGAAAGAUAAAUCCUUUUUCUCUUCAUUUCUCAAGGUGGAUCAAAGAUGGCCCUUCCUCCAAAGUCUUUGGAUUCGUGGCCAGGAAGCAGGGCAGUGCUACAGACAACGUAUGCCACCUGUUUGCAGAGCACGACCCCGAGCAGCCUGCCAGCGCCAUUGUCAACUUUGUGUCAAAGGUCAUGAUUGGCUCCCCUAAGAAGAUUUAAGCCCCUCCUAGCCAAACCCACCAGGUGCCUCCUAGGGCCCUCGAAAUGGCAGUGGGGUGAGGCGGGGGCCCCCAUUUGUACCAGACUGACAAUCCUCACAUUCCAGACCCGAGAGAGGAGAAUAUGGCAGCUCUUCAAACCAGGAACAAACAAUGUCACCACAGAUUGGCCUUUCCUGAGAGUAACUUCUCAUCCAACACACUUAUAUAGUCAAGCCCAUUUUGAGUAGAAGGAUCUUGGGCGAGGGAAUGCCUCCCCAGGGUCCCAUGGACAAGGGCUAUACAAGAAGAAAGUAUAGAAGACAAGGCAGCCCCGAGUCCCUGGCUCACUAGCAUCUGCGUGGAUGAGGGGCACCCAGUCUGCUUGGCAGGGGCUGAGUAACCAUGGUGCCCCACUUGUCAGCAGACGUGCUCUGUCCAGCGACUCCCUCAUCUUGUCAUUCUACAGCAGACGGUGAUGCAACUGAGGAGGGGAUGCAUGGUUAGUGAAGGUUCGUGCAGGUUGGAACAUGGUGGGAAUCUACGUUAGGGGACCGUGGAAGGGAUGUGCAGUGAGGGCAGUGGAAGCCUCUGGUGUCGGGAGGAACACGCAAUGUCAGAGACCCCACUGCCGGUGGUAAGGACUCCAUGAGGCUGCUCUCAGGUGGCCAGCUGGGCUAUGGAGAGCCUAGAGGACCUUGAGAGGAAAGUGAGAAGACGGAAUCAAAAAAAACCGCCAUUUUAUAUAAUUUAUAUUUUACUUAUGCCAAAUUAUUUAUAACCGCUUGCCAUUGCCAUACUGUACCCAUAUCAAAUGCUGCAGCCGACUAAGCCGUGAUUGCUGGAAGGCUUGUCCACUUGUAGACACACCGGAGACAACUGUCCCCUCGAGGAAAAGGUGAACAGUGGUUUCAGGGUGACACUACAGAGUCCUUCAUCUGCAGUACUGCCAAACAGUUUUGCCUCCAGCAGCCCACCUUCUACUUGGCACAGUGGUGUGUCUUGCCCAGAUGUGGAUGAUUUCUCUCCUGGUGGGUAAUGUCCAGGAGAAAUGAGAGACUAAGACACUGGGAUCAGUCUCAGCCUCCUCUGCAAGACUGACAGGGCCUUCUCCAGGCCUACAUGACCUAAAGUGCAUCUGGCAUUUCUAGGCUGUUACCAUGAUUCUCCUUGUGGCACCUGCAGCCUUCCGUGGGGACCUAGGCGGAUGUCAGGAGGGAGAGAAAGGGGAUGAAGAGAAAGAUGGAGAAUUCUAGUUCUCACAGGCUAGGGUUGGUUUGCUGAGUCCUCUUAGCCACUGAGUCAGAUGUGAUGGUUCAUGCUAAGAUCGGCACCCUGGUGUUGCAGGUUUCCUGCCUGCUUUUGUCUGUGGUCAGAGAUUCUGAAGAAGCCAGUGAGCCCAGCACUUCCCAGAGUGGAGGUGCAGCAGGGCUAUGAGGAGACAAAGCCAGGGUCUCCUCUCAGAACUUUAUACCCCAAGAAGGCUCUGAUCACCCCCAUCCCAGCCUGAAAUCCCCACUCUCUGAUUCCUAAAACCCAAUGCCAGCUUAGACAUCUCUUAGCUGGGAUAGGCUAUCGUUGUCAGGCUGGGGUUUGGAAAUCUACAUGAUGGGUUCUCUGUUUCAAAAGGGGCAGAGAAAUGUAACUGCAUGUAGAAUUGAAAUCAACUCUGUCGGUGUGUGUGUGUGUGUGUGUGUGUGUGUGUGUGUGUGUGUGUGUGUGUGUAAAGGUGGGCCAUUCCACUUGUAGCUCCUGUGUGUGUCUGUCUGUGUGUGUAUACAGGUGGACCAUUCCACUUUUUAGCUCCUAUUGAUGCACCAAAAGCAAGUGCCUCAUUUCUGUGCCAAAUGUUUGCCUUGGUCUUUAAGGACCUCCUUCGUGGACACACUCUGAUGUGCCUGUUAGAGGGAAUGUGCCAGCACUCCCCAGAGGCCCCAUGUCUUCCACAGAGGCUUCUAGUGUUUCAGUUAUCCAUAUGCAGCUAAAAUCCAGAUCGGGUGGGGGUGGGAGCGGGGCUGAAGUGUGUGCUCUGGCCAAGAAGUGCCGCAUCCUAUGAUGGUUUAUAUGCAAAUGUGACCCAAAGACUAUAAGCCAGGGCCCUUCUGCUGGAGGGGGAGAGGGCCUAACUAGAAAUCAGCAGGGCAGAGCUGAAGCAAGCCUUCUAAUUAAUUGGAGACUUCAGGGCCUCCCACAGUGGUCAGCAUGGAAUGCAUCCAAGAAGCCACCUGAAUGUGCUCUAGAAACUGACUGACCAGGUAUGACCUUUACUCAAGGUAAAAGUGGUCAAGGGUAUUAAGGAAUUUGCUCUGAGGAACCACAGGAAGACAGCUCUCCAUCUUCUAGGAGCUGGUAGGACGAGGUUCUGUCUUCUGUGUGUAAUGUGUCUAUAGAACAGAACAAGAUGAGGCACAGCAUCCGAGACUGUACUGCGUGCCCAGAAACACUGGCAAGGGGCAUUGUCCAGGCUUUUCUCACAAGGGCAUCAGUUGGGCACAAGUUAGCUCACUAUUCUGGGAGUAAAUUCAGUAAUGCCCCCCCACUUCCGAUAGAUAGCCAGGGUCCCAUUAACCUUCUCAUUAAUGGUCUUAUAGUCUCCAGUGUUGGGCUGUACCCAUGUUAGAAGCCACACUGCAUUUAUCCUCAGUGUCAAAGACAUCGUAAUGUUGCCUUAUCUGUCUUAUCUGUUAGCGCAGUUUUCACUAUUCUAUAAUGUAAAGAAUAUAUAUCCAGUAUGUAAAUGAGUGUUCUAUAAACCUUUUGUAUAGGCGUUUUCUCUGCUCUUUAAAUAUCAGCCUUAUUCAGAGUAUAAUAAAAAUUAUGACCUUGGUAAGUCUAA